GCACUUUGUACCAUUCAGGAAUUUCCCCUUGACCUUGUGAAGGUUAUUGUAUGAAAGGAGGACGAGAGUGGGGUUGUUGUGCUUUAGUUCAAAUUCUAUGGAUCAAGAGCUGCCACCCACACCACUCCCUCUCCACCACUCCCCCUUCUCUCUAGUCAUAUUCAGACACAAGCAGACUGGUUGAGUGGCAACACACUACGAGAGGGGGGAAAACAUCUGUAGAAUUGAAUGAGCUGUUUUAAGGGAGCCCUAGCUAGUCUCCCCCUCUGAGCCCGGGAAGUAGUGGAAAACGUGAGAAACGCUGCGCCUAUUCUCCGAGUAGUUCUGAAACGAGACUGCAUCUCUAAAAACAACUUCCUUCAAACCCCUGGAACUGUGACUGUCCUGAGGAGAACACUCCCCUCACACACUCCCCAACUGACCGUGGAGGCGUGAGAAGAGCUGUGGAGAGGAGCAGCUGACGCAAAACGGACGAAGCACAACAAGGAAGAGAGUAAAAAGGAGAGGGGGAGGAGAAGAUGGAGUCCUUGCUUCCUGUGUUGCAGCGACACCCUGGAAUGUCUGUGUUGGUGUGGGCUCUGAUGUUCCGGGUGGCCCACCGACUACUACAGAAUCUGCCUGUGCCCAAAGCUGUAGCGGUGGAUGACUUCCGCUCCUGGAAGUGGAGGAACCUCUCGGUCUCUAUGGUCCACUCCCUCCUGACAGGGACUUGGGCUGUGACCUGUGUGAUCAUUUCGCCUGAGUUGGCAACCAACAUUCACUCCUUCUACACGGCCCCGGCCUACAUGCUCAUCUGCAUCUCAUCAGGAUACUUUGUACAAGAUGCAGGUGACAUCAUUCUAACUGGACAUGCAAGAGGAUCCUGGGAGUUCUUAAUUCAUCAUGUUCUGGUGCUCUGGUGCUUCCUGUAUUCUCUGUACUCGCACCUCUACGUGGCCGGUGCUGUGGUGGCUCUCUUUGUGGAGGUUAACAGUGUCACCCUGCAUUUGAGGCUAAUGCUGAAGCUAGCAUUACAGCAGUCUUCCCCUCUGUACCAAAUCAAUAAGUUCCUCAACCUCUUCACCUACAUCGUCUUCCGCCUCAGCGCACAGUUCUACCUCACAUAUUACAUCGUCCAGAACUACUCCUGGAUGGACAAAGGAGGCUACUUCCUGGUUACCAUGACUCUCAUGAACACCAUGAUCCUGAUCUACUUUUAUCGUCUUCUCCGCGCUGACUUCUUCCCACGGAGCAGGGCUCACAUGAAGCAAAAUGGCACCCACAACAACGUCAAAAAGUUCCUCACUGAAUGACACCGAUAGUGACAUGACCGUAUACCAGAUGUUGUGUUUGGUGUGUUUGUUCGGUUACACAUCUCAUCGCAUUGUGUAAAGCUGUGACUUUAUUAUUAUUAUAAUAAUAAUAAUAAUAAUAAUAAUAAUAAUAAUAAUAAUAAUAACAAGAAAUUUCUCUCAAAGGCUCGUGUUGUCGUGAGAGGCGGCCAGGAAAGGAUGUGGACAGUGGUACAUGCCCUAUAGUGAUUAUUAUGCCCACUGUGGCUGAAGAUCCCUCACUCACACUAACUGGGCAGCAUACAGUGAGAGACUGGUCUGUUCACACUGACUGGGAGAAUCCUACUAAAUUACUUCCAGGAUACUGUGCCACUUUUGCUUCUGAUCAUAGCUAAUACAAUUGUUAACAAUAUAGGAAUUUACAUGAUUCAUGUGGAUUGCUCUUUUACAGAGAAAAUGCUAACAAUCAUACAUGCAUACAGUAGAGAAACAAACUGCCAAGGAUAACAGGGACCACCUUGGUUGCUGUACAUCCCACCCCACCCCACAAAUUCUGUCAGGUGUGGCUUAGCAACAUAGUUUUAUUGAAAUUUCCACUAAUAGGAUUUUGUAAAUGUACUAUAAUACAAUCAAUAUCUGACACUAACAAACUGUCAGACAAUACAACUGUUUCACUUUCAUUCUUCCCUGUUUGGUCUCAAAAGGUCAACACCAAUACAUGGGUGACUGGCAUUCUUACAACAGCGACCAUUCUUUUCAUUCUAUAAAUCUAACGUAGUAAAAUGCA